AUGAUUUUGUUCUCACAGUUAAUAUGGUAUAGUGAUGUUGUGGUGCUGUACAUUGGGAUGGAGGUGCUUCCCGUGGAGGAGGGCGCCAUACCUAAUUGGAUCUGUUCACUUGAGGAGGAGUUGGGUUCACUGAUAUGGGUUUCCCUACGUGACGAUACCUUCUAUGUUGGCAUAUUUAAAACAUUUGACCAGUACGGCAACGUAGUUCUGUCAGACGCAGUGCAGAAGAUCGUUGUUCCCGAAAAACGCAUUUUCAGCGAUCUCUACAAUGGUCAUUUGAUCAUUCGUGGAGAAAGUAUUGCCUACUUUUGUGCGAUUGAUACUGCUAGAUAUGUCGAACAGUUCUGCUACAACCCGACGUCUAGUUCCCUAGCCGAUAAAGCUAUCAUAAACUUCGUACCCCUCGAGGAGGCACUAAAGUGUAUGGAAUUGAACAGAAUAGGGAUCGAGACCAUAGAAGGAAUGGAAAUGUAA